AUGCCUAUCCCCGAGCUCGUCCUCAAGCACCGCAGGAAGGUCCAGCGUGACAUCCGCUCAGCGGCCGAGCGCGCGACUGAGAAGGAGAAGCGGGCCGCGCUGGUCAAGGAUCACGCGGUCAAGUCUGCCCAGGUCUACGCCCGAUACUACAUUGAUCUCGUGGAGUCGGAGAAGAAGGCGCGCGAGAACGCUCUCAAGAACAACCAGCUCUACGUCCCCGACGAGCCGAAGGUGUACCUCGUCGUGCGCAUACGCGGUAUCGUCGGAGUCGCCCCCAAGGUUCGCACGAUCCUGAGUCUCCUUCGCCUCCGCCAGAUCAACAACGCAGUCUUCAUGCGCUGCAACAAGGCGACGCUCAACGCCCUCCGCAUAGUCGACCAUUACGUCACGUAUGGCGAGCCCACCGUGGAGACCAUCCGCAACCUUAUCUACAAAAGAGGGUUCGCGAAGGUCAACGGCCAGCGCAUCCCUAUUGUCGACAACAAUCUCAUCGACGAGCAGCUCAGCAAGCACAACAUCCUCUGCGCAGAAGACCUUGUCCACGAGAUCUUCACCUGCGGCUCGAGCUUCAAAGAGGCAAACAACUUCCUGUGGCCGUUCCAGCUGAACUCCGCGGCUCUCAAGGACAAGCGCAACAACUUUGCAGAGGGCGGUGACUUUGGGUACCGCGGGAAGUACAUCAAUGAGUUUGUUGCCCGAAUGAUCUAA